AUGCGCUUUUCUUUCUCAUUAAAAUACAUAUUUAUCUAUCUAUCUAUCUAUCUAUCUAUCUAUCUCCGUGUCUUCAUUAUCUAUCUAUCUGAAAUCUAUCUAUCUAUCUAUCUAUCUAUCUCCGUGUCUUCAUUAUCUAUCUAUCUAUCUAUCUAUCUAUCUAUCUAUCUAUCUAUCUAUCUAUCUAUCUAUCUAUCCUUAUGUGGAUGUGUAUUCAUUAUUAUAGAAUUUGUUCGAAUCAUCCUCAUUCCUUCCUAUUCCACUGUCGAAGACUUCUUCAAGCAGCAAAUUUACGGAAUUCUGCUGAAGCACUCGUCUUUCUAUUUUUUCUCUCUUCCGCCCUCUCUCUCUUUCUCUCUCUCUCUCUCUAUCUCUCGCUAUAUAGGGUCUUUCAAUUCUUCCACCUUGCAAUUUCAUCAGGGCACUCUGCUCAAUUUACCCAAUAGUCUGGAAGGAGGCGAGAGUUUUUCGUGCAUCAAAUCACAUAGCGUAAUGGAAGCGCUUCUCUGCCUUACAUGCUGCUCUCUCUCUCUGUGUCUGUCUUCUCGCUUCUCGGGAUGUCUGCAUGGUUAUUUAUGGAGUCCAACCUCAAAGAACCGUGUUGGGGUUGACUUAAUCUAG